AAACCGUUUGUAACCUGAGCAUACAGAACAUCGAACACACAUAUUCUGCUUUGAAUCGCAAUCGGUCUGUGCAGGUUGCCUGAGCUGCUUGGCCUGCGACUUGCCCGCAGACAUCUGGAGUCUCUGGUUCUAAUUUCAGCCUCGUUUCGAUGGAGUCCGAUCAGCACAACGCGGGUUCGCAGGCGGCUCAGCCCAUGCAACAACAGGGUUACGACUACUCUGCGUAUUACCACUAUUACCAGCAAAAUCCUGAGGCAUGGGCGCAGUACAUGGCGCAGUGGCAGCAGUACCAACAGGCGAGUGCGAAUCCCACUUCUUAUUCGGCGUAUCCGUACCAGGAGGCGUAUCAGGGCCUGAGGAACGUGGCGUAUCAAAUGAACGUCGACCAGAUGGCCCACGCCCACAUGGACCGCCAGGAACGCAUGGUCCCGUCGACCACGCUGUGGGUCGGCAACCUACCUUGGGACUGCACAGAACAAGACAUUCGAGCCGUGUUCGAAAUAUUCGGUCGAAUUCGCAGCAUCCGCAUUUUGAGUAACAAAAACUGCGCUUUUGUCACCUACUACGACCUGGACGCGAGCACCGCCGCUCAUUACGGAACGUUCGGACUCACAAUCAAGAACUCUCCCGUCAAAGUCGGAUGGGGAAAGGCACAAGCCAACGACUUUAUGAUGCGAACUAGCGGCUCUCGCGAAGACAACGUGCAGCCCUCUCCAAACAUCUGGGUGGGACAGCUAGACCCCAGCAUCACAGAAGAAGAACUCAGAGCGGCCUUCCGACAGUUCGGAGUGAUAGAGCGAAUUCGCGUCUUGCCAGCGAGAAACUGCGCUUUCAUCAACUUCGCUCACCUCGAAAGCGCCAUCGAGGCCAAAGACCGCAUGAACGGCACUCUAAUUCGAGACCAACCCGUUCGAGUCAACUACGGCAAGCAAAGAGAAGAAAGAAUGGACAAAACCAGCCCCACCUCGGGAGGCAACGGAUCCUCUGUCGGACCCUCGAACCACCCCUCUUGGUCCACUAACAUCGAGGGCAACACGGCCAAAGGCGACCCAGACAUGAGGCACGACGGCAACCUCAUGUACCACCAUCACCAAAUCGACUCGAGAACCAGAAGCCAACCCCCACCUACGCCCCCACCCCCCGACGUGAAGGACGUCAUCGACAAGCUCGUGGACAGCAUCGUCAAAAAGGGCCCCGAGCUGGAGGCCAUGGUAAGAGAAAAACAGGCAAACAACCCAAGGUUCGCCUUCCUAAAAGACGGGCCCGGCUCCAAAUACUACCACUGGAAACUAGACCAAGCCAGGCGAAAAGACCACUACGUUGACUUGACAGCCCCCCCUAUCACGUCUCCCUGUCCGGCGGCCAAGGCCGACCAGAACCUGUCGACCGUCCCCCCCUGGGAGCAACCAGACCCCAUAGACUCCAGCUCCUCGCCUCCACCCGUCCCCUCUAGACUCUCUCCCGGCGAAGAAGAAGAACUGCUGAUCAUCUUGGGCAGCCUAUCCCAAACCAGAGAAAAAAUCGAAUCGGCCGCAGACUGGGUCUUUCGACAUCGAGACAAAAUCUCCUCCAUUUCGUCCUAUUUCAAAACUUACUUUCUACAGCGCGCCGACAGCCUAAGCUCCUGCGUCAACGUGCUCUACGUCGUCAACGAGUCCCUCCAGACCGGCCUGAAGGUCCUGCGCACCCCGUCCGACGCGCCUCAAAGCAAGGCCGAUAAGAUUUCUACCGGGUUUUUGCCCCACCUCAGCAGCAUGAUUCGACACAUGAAAACCACCUACGGAGAGCACGCCGGUAAGAUAAACGAACUACUCACCAUGUGGAAGGACAAGGGCAUCUACUCUCCCGCCGUCAUCGACUCCUGGAUCUACUGCGUCUCCCAGCCAGAAAGACCGGCGGAACCCACACCCUGUUCGGGCAACGAGCUCUCCAAGUCCCCUUCACCCGCGCCAACCGCCAGUCCGAGAGAAGAAUCCGCAUCGCCCCGCCAAGAAGAAGCAGACAACGCCUCAGCAAAAAAAAGGUCUUCCGAACACCUCGACCACACGGAGCCCCCCCUCCAAGAGAACCACAACACCUCUGACCCACAAGUCUCAACCACCGAAGAAAACGCCGCCGCCGAAUACGAACCCAAAUCAAAAAAAAGGGAUAUUGAGUAAAAAAAAACAACCCUACCCUCCCCUCUC